AUGAGUGACUGCGGAAGCUUCAUCUCCAUUGACAACAACAACGAUGAGACAGGUACGAGCGAAUGGAAGGAUCACAUGAAUCUGGACAAGUUCUUGGAUUACGACAUGGAUUUUAUCAAUGAGGAGGACAGGUACAAGUAUGUAGGAGCAGACAUAAGGCAGAGGUAUGAUUACUACGACAUCAGAAAUGAUCAGGUUUCAUUUCUCCAGAAAGAUAAUGUCAAGUAUAGUAACAUCGCUGUAGGUAACCGAAAAAAUGAACAGGUCAAUACCUUCAUGAAAUUAAAAAAAGAAUUGUAUACUAUUGCGUAUAAGAAUUAUAGGUACCAAAUAGGAAAAUCGAUCACCACGGAAAAGAAAUCCGUGGGGGAGGAGGUGGACGCUACGGGCCAGACAGUUCAGGAAGGCACUCCUUUGUCCAGUGAUGGAAACAGAGAGGGAAAGGAGAAAGGGAAAAAGACUUACGACCUUCUGAACAAUGAGUUGGGAGCUGCGUUGGGCAACAAAAUCGAAGACACAUACAAUGAAAUAAAAAGCAGUGUGAAUUGGUUAGGGAACUUUUUCUCAAAUAAUGAACAAAAUGAAGAGAAAAAAAAAAUAAAUAUUUUUUACAAUGAUUUAUACUUCCUUAGUGACAUAACCAUUUUACGCUUUCUAGACACGUACGAUUAUAAUUUACUAAAAACUUCGAAUAAAAUUAUAAAAUUUAUUUUGUGGAGACAAAUGACUUUCUCAAUUUUUAACAAAAGCCAGUGGAAAAUAAAGAGGGGCACAAGUUCUAUGGAAUGGGAAAAGGAAGAGUCAAUGGCGACUGCAUUAGCCAAUGGAACAGGGACAACGGCGGUGAGCAUAGCCGGGGAUCGGGACAAUACCUUCAUCAACCCUGUGCAUAUCAAGGACAUUUUAAUGAAGACCAAUAUUUUCAGGUGCGGAUGUGACAAAAAAUCGAGACCCAUGCUUUAUAUAAAAAUACAGGAAAAAUUAAACAUGCAAGAGGACGAAUUGUUCUUGCUACUGGUUUAUCACGUCGACAUGUGCAUGAACAGUAUUGAUUACUCAAAAUGUUACGAAGAAAAGGGAAAGGCAAAUGCGGGAAAUGGCAACACGGAGUGUAAAGGCCAAUUCGAUGAAUCCACAUUGCAGCUAGUCAUUAUUGUGGAUUGCCAAAAAUUUGAAUUGAAUAAUAUGAUCAGCGUUGAUUGCAUUAAAAAAAUUAUUAACAUUUUUAACGAAUUUUAUACAGAUGUUUUGUACAGAAUUUAUAUUAUAAAUGUCCCCUCCUUUUUUAAAAAAGUUUGGUCUCUUUUUAAUAUGUUUAUUGAUAAUCACACAUUGAAGAAAAUUAUUUUUAUAAAUAAAAAAAAUAUCAACUUGAUGUACGACCAUAUUGAUACACACGUCAUGAAACAUUUCGAUAAAAACACGGAUAAAGACAAAGCCCCUUCGGACGACUCUUGCAUUUUCUUCCCCUCCACUUCCCUGUACUAUAAGUACGACGAGAUGUACUAUAAGAAGCUCGCUGGUUACGUGGACACCUGGGUGGGUACAAUGAUCCAGGUGAACCACUGA